CACCAUUUUACUACUUUUGUAUUCCCAUUGAGCCCGAAAGCUGUGUGAACUAUGCCUGACGCAGAAGACAGCGGGCAGAAGACUUCGACCUCGCUCACCAGCCAGCCAGUACUUAUCAAGGACCCAAAAUCGCGGGACAGCGCACAAAGCAAAUCCCACAGCCUAGCCUUCAAUACCCAAUACCACCCUCCGCCGCCAUCAGGCUACACCUGCAAAAUCUGCAAUAUCGGCGGUCACUGGAUUCAGAGCUGCCCAGACAGACAUCGUAAGGCACAGUCCAAGAAGUUUGAUAAACAAGACUGCUGGUUCUGUUUGCCCCGUUCCCAGGCCGACCAGAACUUGGUUGUUGCUAUCGCUGAAAAGACAUACCUUGCAUUGGCCAAGGGCCCGCUGGUCAUCGGCCCAGAAAGCGUACCAAAUGGCGAGCCGGUUGCGUGGGAGCAAGGGCAGGUUAGUCCGAUUCCUGGCGGCGGCCAUGUCAUGAUAUUGCCUAUAAAGCAUACGCCCAGCAUGCGCGCCAUCUUAUCCAUCGAUAAGCAGACCGUGAUGAAGGACGAAAUCAAGAAGUGGACGCAGUCGCUGACUGAUUUGUAUGCCGACUAUGGCUGCGUGCCGCUAAUUUACGAGGUCUACCGCUAUUUACCACGCCAGCAUGCUGCGAUGCAUUUUAUUCCUUUGCCCAAAUCCAAGGUCGACAAGGUCUGGUCGUCUCUGGUGGCUAUGGCCCGCGAGAGCCAUCUGCAUAUCCAGAGCCACUACCCGCGCAGCAACAGGUCAGGCUAUGUGUGGGUAAACACGCCUACUCUCGAUGAUAACUAUGCAUGCCUUGAAAUUCCUACUUGGGAUAGACACUUCAGUUUGCAGUUCGGACGGCAGCUGGCUGCCCGCAUCCUUGGGAUCCAUGGCAGAUAUGACUGGAGGGCAUGCACGGCUCCCAGCGACCAGGAGGCUCGCCAGCAGGAUGCAUUUAAAGAGGUAUUUGCAAAGUACGACCCUGUAAGCAAGAACUGCUAGUAGUGUUGUCACCUUCAUCUACCGCAAAAUUUUACUCUCCAUUGAUCUUUCGAACUU